UACGAUCCAGGCAACAGCGGCCUCGCGUGAUAUCCCCACGGCCGAGGAGAACGUCAGCGUGCUGUUCGCCAGUGACCCCGAGGAUAUCUACCUGGAGAACGUUACUUGCGACCGGGAGUCAUCUGACGCUAGCGUACGGGGGUGACAUUCGGUACGCGAGGGAGGAACCGACGAUCAACGCUCACUUUCGUUCCAAGGUUCACCUGGAUCGUCGUGUGUUACUUCAAAAGGGAAUUUAAACUCGCGCCCUAAGGGUCUUGGAUCCGGGGUUGGAUUCAGAUUCGGAUAGAACAUUUAACGUUGUUGUCUAUAGAAACUGGUGAGAUUUUUUAACCGUGUCCGCUCGGUUCAGAGAGUAGUUCAGUGUGGUAACCGUGAAGUGAGUUUCGUAUUUGAUCCAGUGAUCGACGAAAAGAGUCUGAAUAAUGAUUAGCCUGACAGUCGAGUCAACGGCAUGAUGAGAGGUGCGAAAAGCAAACACAAAUCGAGUCGGAGAGUUUCCUGAGUCCGACGAUCGCGGUGACAUCGAUGCUCUGAGGAAGACAACAAAUCCAAGAGCACCGGGUAAGUGGAUUCUGACCGGGAGGAUCAGACGAUCGAGUUAACAGAGAUGUCAGCCGUAGCACCAGCAGGAACGGGUGCACCGGCACCCACCACCAACGGUCCGAUCGUGCCUGCUCCAGUUUUCGCGUUGCCGACCUUAUCGUUCACCGUCAGCCAGGUUGCCACCGUUUGUGAGACUCUAGAAGAAAGCGGUGACAUCGAGAGACUGGCCAGGUUCCUCUGGAGUUUACCAGUUGCCCAUCCUAACAUCCAGGAGCUGAAUCAAAGCGAGGCUGUGCUCCGGGCACGAGCAAUCGUCGCUUUUCACUCGGGGCAUUAUAGAGAAUUGUACGCCAUCCUCGAGAGGCACAAGUUCACCAAGGACUCUCACGGUAAACUUCAAGCUAUGUGGCUGGAAGCGCAUUAUCAGGAGGCUGAGAAGUUACGCGGAAGAGCGCUCGGACCGGUAGACAAGUACAGAGUGAGAAAGAAAUUCCCGUUGCCCAGGACGAUCUGGGACGGCGAACAAAAGACUCAUUGCUUUAAGGAGAGAACCAGAUCGUUGUUGAGAGAGUGGUACCUUCAGGAUCCUUAUCCGAAUCCUGGGAAAAAGAGGGAAUUGGCUGCUGCGACGGGACUCACGCCGACGCAGGUGGGAAAUUGGUUCAAGAACAGAAGGCAAAGGGAUCGUGCUGCUGCUGCGAAAAACAGAAUGCAGCAGCAAUCUGGCACAGGAAACGGAAAUACACGACGUACUCUCAGUCCCGGGCCUGGAGGUAGCGAUUCGGAGGAUUCCGAUAUUUCUCUCGGUGCAACGUCGCCUCCGUCGCCUAGUUCCUCACCUCCGCCAACUCAUCAACCAUCUCCUGUUCCUCUCAGGCCCCUUGGUCCCCUGCCUCCUCCAUCCUUAAAUUUCCGCUUCGAUCCUUCGCAAUCGCAGUUUCGAUUCAACCACGCGACGGCCUUCAAAUUCCCGCCGACGGGCUUCCGGUUUGGACCGCACAGCCCGCAACACAAUCAUCCGAACAUCUCGGGAGGUGGAAUCUUCAGGCUGACGGAAACGAGCCCGUUUCAAGCUGUGGGUCCUAGAGGUGAUCUUGGAUCGAGACUGCCAGAUCAUUUAGGACUACCACCACCAAGGUUGCACCCUCACGAAGGUUUGCUCCAUCACCCUCACGUUCAGCACUCGUUACCGGAAGGAAUGUCCAGGAUAUCGGAUGCUUCUCGACUCUCUGACGGCGGGAUUUCUCGGCUGUCGGACAGUCUGUCGGAAGCGCACAGUCCGCCAUUAAUGGCGACGAAUCUGUCGGUGACGGGUCCGUUAAGGGUUGCAGUGCCAAGCCCUCACACGCCCUCCUCGCGAGGCAGUCCGCCAACGGGUCAACAUACUCCGCAGGGUCAGUCUCAAGGCCAGGGUUUGAUAAGGGUCGCGACGCCUCCGCCACCGAAUCCGAAACCACCGCAAAUUCACCGACCGUUUUCGCCAGCGUGAUACGAUAAGGAGGAAGGAUCGAAAGAGAUCGUCGCGAGGGAAAUAACGGGUAACGAUCGGUCUUUGGUGUCGAGGAAAAUUCUAUCCAACGACGAGCAUCAGUUUUUCGAGAAACGGUUCGAGGUGUUGUGAGAAGAACGUGCGAGCAAACGUUUUCGUCGUAAAGAAUGAAACAGGGUUGGUACGUGAGAAGUAAUUAUUCGAGAUCAAAGAACGCGAUACUCGGAUGUAAUCAGCCCGAGAUCUACGAAGGGGCGCGAGAAAAUCAAUCAACUUCUCGCGUUGGAAAUCCGUAAGCUGAAGCUCGUUCGGUGAACUUUGUUGUUGCCAAACGACGUGAACACGAUUUUUCGAAAAAACGCUAAUUAGUCAAAGUCGUGUAAUUCGAUAGACAAGUGCCCGGAUCGUUGCUGGCUGACGAUGCGUCGUUGAAUUGAUCGGACGAGUGCAAUUUUCUUCGGGAUAACAAAAAAUGCGAGUGUAAAUAAAUAGAAGAUCCGAGGAACCGAUUACGAACACGUGGACUAUUUCGAUCUGAUUGAACACACCGAUCCGAUCCGAUCCGAUCCGCUUCGAGGCUAAACGAACUCAGUGUAGUGGUGUCUUUUGUAGUUUGUACAUAGCGAUGCUUCCAGUAAAAUGUUCUUCGGUGUAAUCGUUGCCUGAAACUGUUCGUCAUCGUUUCGAACAAUCGUGCUGCAUGAGCUAUCGCGAACGCUCUUUCAAUUCGAAGCUCGAAAGAAAGAUGUCUGAGCAUAGAUCGAGGUCUAACUUCGCAGAUAAUCUUGUUCGUCUAAUAAAUCGGGCUGAGACGACUUUCUAUCGAGCUCCAACGAAUUUUAGCGAUCCGUAAUGAUAUUCUACGGGCAUACUUUCGACGAGACGAAAAUCGCACAAUAUCGCUUGCUUGCAGAUCGAACGAAACGAGGGAAAUAAUCGUCGGAAGUGAAUUAAUUCAAGAUACAACUUCGCGAAACUCCCAUCACCCCUUUAGUCUAAGUAGAGAUUAGCGAUUUGUAAAUUUCACUAAUCGAUUCGAUCUUUGACUAAUCGUUCGCUUCGAAGGUUAAACAGCUACUAUCUCGAAGAUGCGAAGCAUUAUCGAGGAGCCGAUCGAUCCGAUUCUGAUACGAUAUAGAGAAACUGUGCGAGCACGAGGCUUUUAACCCCUCUGUCUUUGUAGAUACACAAGCAAACAUUGCAUACAAGUUAGCGAAAUUUCUUGUAUUAUCGGCUCCCCACCCUUAUAAAUAUGAACAUACUACGAUCUACGUAUACAUAGGUACCUUACUGCUAAAGACUAUUAACACACGGAACUAUACAUAUAUAAAUAUACAUAC